GGGGAGGGAGGGAGUCUUUCUUUUAGCAGAAGGAGGGGUGUUUUUUUGGGGAGGGGGAAUGCUCGGUGGACCGUGAAGCGUUGCAGCGAGAAGAGGGACAAAGACACACGUAUUGCGGGACAGACGGAAACCUGACAAAAAAAAACUAAAAUAGAAAGAACAACAACAAGCAAAAAAGGACAUCGACGGAGUCCCGUGGAAGGCGGCGGAGCUGCGGGGGCGGAGGGGGGGGGGAAGAAAUGGCCAGACACAUGAGUGUUGUUCCACAAGCAGAGUCGCGGAGGCUGUCUGCGGUUUAGAGAGCGUUGCGGUGACUUCGGAGAGGGAGAUCUGCGCCGCGCACAGGGACCCGGCCGAAGCCGCUAAGUGCUGGACAAUGGUCGCCAACUUUUGAACAAACUUUCCCGGAAUUACAUUUUUUCUUCUUCUUUUUUUCCCCUCUGUCGCAGCAGCGCACUGUGAUUUCCACUUGAGUCAGAUCGUGACUUCCCUCGCUGCAGAGAGGAGGCAAAACGCAUCGAAAGUUUCAGGAGAACAUUUAUAACGGACCGCGUGCGUCCUUUCUCCACGCGUCGCAUGGGCGGAGGACCUCAGAGCUCCGGUCCGGAUUGUCCCCGAUACUAAUGUGCUGGUGGAGAACGUGCAAGUAGCCGAGCUACAACACCGGCCAAGCAUGCGAUGCUGGUGCGGCGCCCUGGCACUUCUCCCCUGGGUGCUGGUGGCCCUGGACGCUCAGCUCAUCUGCUGGCAGGCGCUCCUGCGGUGCCACGAGGAGCCCCAGUGCGAGCUCGCGUACGGCCAGUACCUGGCGGCCUGUGAGGGGAACAUCAGGGGGACGAGGAGGCAGUGUCCCAGCCACUGCAUCAACGCGCUGAUCCGGCUCAAUCACACCCGCGGCGGGCCGGACCUGGAGACCUGCGACUGCGCGCGGGACCAGGAGUGCCUCGGCGCGAAGCGCGCCGUGGAGCCGUGCCUCCCGCGCCGGCACCCGAGCGACGCCGGCGGGAUCGGCUGCAUGGAGGCUCGGCAGCGCUGCGAGGAGGACGUCGACUGCCACGCCUCCCUGGCGGCCUACAUGUCGUACUGCGGGCAGCUGUUCAACGGGCGGAAGUGCUCGUCCAAGUGCAAGGCCACCAUCCAGCAGAUGCUGUUCAUCCCGAACGGCGCGCUGCUCAACCGCUGCGUGUGCGACGGCGUGGAGAGGCCCUUCUGCGAGGUGGUGAAGGAGAACAUGAGCAAGCUGUGCGCCAUAGGGGACCGCACGGCCAUUUCAGACCAGCCGGAUGUGGAUGACCUGUAUGAGGAUGAGGACUAUGACCCUAAAAGUGAGAGAGAGGAGGAGUUUUGCUCCUCUGCUUCCCAGAGGUCACCCGGCAGCGUGGCGCUCCUGUUUCUUCCUCUGGCGCGGAUAUUGUUCUGA